GCGGCCGGGCCGGGCGCUGCGCACUCGCGUCGGGAGCCGCCUCUCGCCUGCCGCGCUCGCCCCUGCUCCCAGCCAGCAUCACUUGUCCCGCGGCCGCGCUCCGACAACAAAAGCGGAGGAUGCUGCAGCUGGGCAAGGUCAGGACCUUGCUCUGAAGCCGGGCGGCGGCGCGCACGCCUUUCCCCUGACUGAGGAGCUGUCUUUGGCGGCGGGUGCAUGUUCGCCAGGAAGCAGUCGGGCGCCGCGCCGUUCGGAGCUAUGCCUGUCCCGGACCAGCCUCCGUCAGCCUCAGAGAAGAACAGCUCCUUGAGCCCAGGCUUGAACACCUCCAAUGGGGACGGCUCUGAAACAGAAACCACCUCUGCUAUUCUGGCCUCUGUCAAAGAACAGGAAUUACAGUUUGAAAGGCUGACCCGAGAGCUGGAGGCUGAACGCCAGAUCGUGGCUAGCCAGCUGGAGCGAUGCAAGCUUGGCUCGGAGGCAGGCAGCAUGAGCAGCAUCAGUUCAGCAGGAGAGCAGUUCCACUGGCAGACGCAAGAUGGUCAAAAGGAUAUCGAAGACGAACUUACGACGGGCCUUGAGCUGGUGGACUCCUGCAUUCGCUCUCUGCAGGAGUCAGGAAUUCUUGACCCACAGGACUACUCCACCAGUGAAAGGCCCAGCUUGCUCUCCCAGAGUGCACUUCAGCUCAAUUCCAAACCUGAAGGGUCUUUCCAGUAUCCGGCCAGCUACCAUAGCAACCAGACCCUGGCCCUGGGUGACACAGCCCCUUCUCAGCUCCCAGCACGCAGCACGCAAGCCCGAGCUGCCAGCCAGAGCUUCAGCCAGGGCACGACCGGCCGCGCGGGGCACCUGGCGGGGUCCGAGCCUGCGCCACCGCCUCCGCCUCCGCGGGAGCCGUUCGCGCCCAGCCUGGGCAGCGCCUUCCACCUGCCGGACGCGCCGCCCGCCGCCGCGGCGCUCUACUACUCCAGCUCCACGCUGCCCGCGCCGCCACGCGGGGGCUCCCCGCUGACCACCACGCAGGGUGGCUCGCCCACCAAGCUGCAGCGCGGAGGCUCGGCCCCCGAGGGCGCCGCCUACGCCGCGCCGCGCGGCUCCUCGCCCAAGCAGUCGCCUAGCCGCCUGGCCAAGUCCUACAGCACCAGCUCGCCCAUCAACAUCGUCGUGUCCUCGGCCGGCCUGUCCCCGAUACGCGUGACCUCGCCCCCCACCGUGCAGUCCACCAUCUCCUCUUCGCCCAUCCACCAGCUGAGCUCCACCAUCGGCACCUACGCCACCCUGUCGCCCACCAAGCGCCUGGUCCACGCUUCCGAGCAGUACAGCAAGCAUUCGCAGGAGCUGUAUGCCACGGCCACCCUCCAGAGACCGGGCAGCCUGGCAGCAGGGUCCCGAGCCUCAUACAGCAGCCAGCAUGGGCACCUGGGCCCUGAGCUGCGGGCCCUGCAGUCCCCAGAGCACCACAUAGACCCCAUCUAUGAAGACCGUGUCUAUCAGAAACCCCCUAUGAGGAGUCUCAGCCAGAGCCAGGGGGACCCUCUGCCGCCAGCACACACCGGAACCUUCCGCACGAGUACAGCCCCAUCCUCCCCUGGUGUCGACUCCGUCCCCUUGCAGCGCACAGGCAGCCAGCAUGGGCCACAGAAUGCCGCCGCAGCCACCUUCCAGAGGGCCAGCUAUGCUGCCGGCCCAGCCUCCAACUACGCAGACCCCUACCGACAGCUGCAGUAUUGUCCCUCCGUUGACUCUCCGUACAGCAAAUCUGGCCCUGCCCUCCCACCCGAAGGCACCUUGGCCCGGUCCCCAUCCAUUGACAGCAUUCAGAAAGACCCCAGGGAGUUUGGAUGGAGAGAUCCAGAGUUGCCUGAAGUGAUACAGAUGCUGCAGCAUCAGUUCCCAUCCGUCCAGUCCAAUGCUGCAGCGUACCUGCAACACCUCUGUUUCGGGGACAAUAAAAUCAAAGCAGAGAUAAGGAGACAAGGAGGGAUACAGCUCCUGGUGGACCUGCUGGAUCACCGGAUGACAGAAGUCCACCGUAGUGCCUGUGGGGCUCUGAGGAACUUGGUGUAUGGAAAGGCCAACGAUGAUAACAAAAUCGCCCUGAAAAACUGUGGUGGUAUCCCAGCGCUGGUGAGGCUCCUCCGCAAGACCACAGACCUGGAGAUCCGAGAGCUGGUCACAGGAGUCCUUUGGAACCUCUCAUCAUGUGAUGCACUCAAAAUGCCAAUCAUCCAGGAUGCCCUGGCAGUUUUGACCAAUGCGGUGAUUAUUCCUCACUCAGGCUGGGAAAACUCACCUCUUCAGGAUGAUCGGAAAAUACAGCUGCAUUCGUCACAGGUGCUGCGCAACGCCACUGGGUGCCUAAGGAAUGUAAGUUCAGCUGGAGAGGAGGCCCGCCGAAGGAUGCGGGAGUGUGAUGGGCUCACAGACGCCUUGCUGUAUGUGAUUCAGUCUGCGCUGGGGAGCAGUGAGAUCGAUAGCAAGACCGUUGAAAACUGUGUGUGCAUCUUGAGGAACCUCUCAUACCGGCUAGCAGCAGAAACGUCUCAGGGACAGCACAUGGGCACAGACGAGCUGGACGGACUGCUCUGCGGGGAGGCCAAUGGCAAGGAUGCGGAGAGUUCUGGGUGCUGGGGCAAGAAGAAGAAGAAAAAGAAAUCACAAGAUCAGUGGGAUGGAGUAGGACCUCUUCCAGACUGUGCAGAACCACCAAAAGGGAUCCAGAUGCUGUGGCACCCAUCCAUAGUCAAACCCUACCUCACACUGCUCUCUGAGUGCUCAAACCCAGACACGCUGGAAGGGGCAGCAGGCGCCCUGCAGAACUUGGCUGCAGGGAGCUGGAAGGGCUGGGCUGAGGAUGUGGCAGGCAUGGCGUAUGCCCUACGUUCACUGCCAGAGGGGGCUCCCUGCCUGCCACAGUGGUCUGUGUAUAUCCGAGCCGCUGUCCGGAAAGAGAAAGGCCUGCCCAUUCUUGUGGAACUUCUCCGAAUAGACAACGACCGUGUAGUGUGUGCAGUGGCCACGGCACUCCGGAACAUGGCCCUGGAUGUCAGAAACAAGGAACUCAUCGGCAAAUAUGCCAUGCGAGACCUGGUCCACCGGCUUCCUGGCGGGAACAACAGCAACAAUGCAGGGAGUAAGGCCAUGUCAGAUGACACGGUGACGGCCGUGUGCUGUACCCUGCAUGAAGUGAUUACCAAGAACAUGGAGAAUGCCAAGGCCUUACGGGAUGCUGGCGGCAUCGAGAAGUUGGUUGGCAUCUCCAAAAGCAAAGGAGAUAAGCACUCUCCAAAGGUGGUCAAGGCUGCAUCUCAGGUCUUAAACAGCAUGUGGCAGUACCGAGACCUGAGGAGUCUGUACAAGAAGGAUGGAUGGUCACAGUAUCACUUUGUAGCCUCAUCUUCAACCAUCGAGAGGGAUCGGCAAAGGCCCUACUCCUCCUCCCGCACACCCUCCAUCUCUCCUGUGCGUGUGUCUCCCAACAACCGCUCAGCAAGUGCCCCCGCUUCACCUCGGGAAAUGAUCAGCCUCAAAGAAAGGAAAACAGACUAUGAAUCUACUGGCAACAACGCCGCUUACCAUGGAACUAAGGGAGAGCACACUUCCAGAAAAGACGCCAUGACAGCUCAAAACACUGGAGUUUCAACUUUGUAUAGGAAUUCAUAUGGUGCGCCCGCUGAAGACGUCAAACACAACCAGGUUUCUGCACAGCCCGUGCCCCAGGAGCCCAGCAGGAAAGACUACGAGCCCUACCAGCCGUUUCAGAAUUCCACACGAAAUUACGAUGAGUCCUUCUUUGAAGACCAGGUCCAUCACCGCCCUCCAGCCAGCGAGUACACCAUGCACCUGGGCCUCAAGUCCACCGGCAACUAUGUUGACUUCUACUCCGCUGCCCGUCCUUACAGUGAACUGAACUAUGAAACGAGCCACUACCCGGCCUCGCCUGACUCCUGGGUGUGAGGAACCAGGACACGAGGCACUCCGGGAACAGUGCAUGUGCAUGCAUACCACACGACAUUCAGUUUCUUUUCUUUUU